CUUGAUCAAUCAUGGUCUUUAUAUAAAGAUCUCUCACAUGGCUUUCAAAUCUGUUUCCAUGAUUAGUACUUGCAGAAGUAAAUGUGGCAUAAAACAUAGAUUGCAAUUUAGAAGAUGGCUCCACAGUGUUCACAGCAGCAGAAUAAAAAUUGGAUGCAGUAAUUCUGUACUUUCUUUGCUGUUUCCAUUCUUCAUUAGAACUUUGACCACCAGUAGAUUUCUCAAUAGCAUCAACUUCAUAUUUGGUUAAAUUGAAAUUAUCACAAAAAAUAUCCAUCAUUUCUUUGAAAGGAUUACAUGAUAUAUCAUAUAUAUCACUAAAAGGGGAAGAGUCAGAAAGUUCAAGUAAUUCAACAUCUGCAGAUUCAUAUGGCGCAUCCAAAGAGCUCACAAUUUCAAGAGAUAAUUGUUCAUUCGGUGAAGAUAGUUCAUUUUGUCCAGCUUGUUCAUGUGUAGCUUUGUCAUGGAAACCAAAAAAACAACUGUUAGCAAUCAAAGAAGAGAGUUUUGAUUUCAAAAUUUCAAGAUUACUUUCGUCUAGUUGCCUAUCAGAAGAUGAUCUUGGGUCAGGAUCUAGGCGCAUCAGAUUUAGCAUUGUCUUUCCCAAACUUGAUCUUUUGAAUCACAACCUUGUCUAUAGGCUCUGGGUUAAGAUUUUGUGUUGAAGCACUUGGAACAUUCCAGGCAGACAAUUUCGAAGUGCAAGAGACAGGAUCUGGAGACUGUUGUAGGCCCUUGCGGUUAAAAUCUUCAAGAGCAAAUAAAACCCCACCAAUGUGAUUACAAUUACCAAAACCCCCCAACCCAAUACCAGCAGGACAUGUGCAAGCUGCGGAACAAACAUCAUCAGAAGAAUUUGAACAAUGGUCUUAUACAGAGUUCUUUUCAUUGAAGCCUUUACGCACAUCAAAAAAAGUGAACUUCUCAUCCUUGGCAAUUUCAAUUUUUUUUAUAGAGCCUUCAUAAAAAAAUUGGAAGGCUUUAAGCUUCUUAUAGGAUGUGCUCUUUAACAAAAUAUGUUUGAAUUUCAGUGUACGAAUAACAAGGUAAUCGUACAGCUGAAUAAAACUAAAUGGUGGCGUUCCACGAAGGUCGGAUGUCCAAGGCAAAUGCUUGCAAUUUCUACUCAAAAUGGCAUCAUAUGUCCAAGCCCCUGAUGAAUUACUUGCCGAGGAAUCAGUGGCGUUGGAUGAUGAAGAAAUAUUUUCUUUCAAGCGGCAAAAGAUGGCAUAAACCCGAAGAACCAAAUCAGCUUUUACCCCGGAAGUCUUCUCGUUGUAGCGCCGCAAUACUUGCUUGAGCUGUUUUAAGGAAAAGGUGCCAAGAUCUUCCAAACAAGUGACUGCCUUGCCUUCUGGAAGGAUCGCAACGAACUGCUCCAUGAUAUAAAUCAUAAUAUAUUCUGAAAAUUUCCGAAAUCCGAAAGAAAACUUUUUACGAUCGCGUCUCACAGUAAAUUUCUGAUGAGAGAGUGAUGUUGGAACAACAACUGUCUCGUUUCCGUUCUUCGUCCUCGUUGUCAAAUAGAUUGUGAAAAGGGUCUAUUGCAAUCACUAUUUACAGAAAAUGCAGAACAUCCAAAGUAGGCAAGGUAAAACAAUGUCCUAUGUUGUGCCUGAUUUUGAAUUUUCAGAGUUUCAAGUAAAUCAAUUUUUGAAAAAAUUGCAAUCAGAUAUUUACAUUGGAAGAUGUGAUGUCUAAAGUAGAAGUAUGGAGGACUAUACAUGCACAGAACAUAUUGUACAUGUUAGGGCAAGUGUUCCCAGAUAUUGAUGUGGGUGAGAUGCAACUGCAGUUUCCUGAAGAAAAUAAAAAUGCAGCUGGCGAAAUACCUUCUUAAUGGAUGGAAGUGUGUGACGACUCAAUGAUAGGUUUACCAACUGAAAGCAGUCUCUUGGCAGAUAUUGAACGUCUAUUGGACACAACUGUUUUCGAGUGUGACAAAAAUGUCUCUGAUUAUUCAGAUUUUGACCAAAACUGAUUUCUUUUAUAAAGUAACUGCUCUAGUUGUCAAAGCAUUUUUGAAACGUUUUUACAUUUGUGAAUUUUUUUAUUAGAAGCAAAACCAUUGUCUUCCAUGACUUGAAAGUCUUGUCACAACAGAAUUCCUGAAACUAGGUAUGCAAGUUUCAAGCAAUAAACCAAUUAAAGCAAUCUUUGAAAGAAUAGAAAUGUAUCAAACAUUAUUUUGAAAGCUAUAUACAGCAUUAUAUUUUUGUUGCUAAUUAGGCCAGCCUUUAAAAACACACAAGCCUUUACUCUCAAAUAAAUUUCUGUUCUCUUCUCCUUUGAUAGAGGUUGAGUUUUAAAUAUGGAGAGUGAAGUGCAUUUUAAAUUUCAACUCUUAUUCUUCACAAAAUUGAUUGCAUACAUUAAUAUGUUUAUCUCAAAAAAAGUUUCUCUAAAAUAUAAAAUACGCAGAAGGUGAACACCUUUGAUGUUUGCAUGCACAAAUUUAGAACAAAAAAACCAAUAGCUUUCUGCCAUAAACUCGUUUUGAUUCAGAGGUCUGGAGGACGAAUGCUGAGUUUUAAAUAUGGAGAGUGAAGUGCAUUUUAAAUUUCAACUCUUAUUCUUCACAAAAUUGAUUGCAUACAUUAAUAUGUUUAUCUCAAAAAAAGUUUCUCUAAAAUAUAAAAUACGCAGAAGGUGAACACCUUUGAUGUUUGCAUGCACAAAUUUAGAACAAAAAAACCAAUAGCUUUCUGCCAUAAACUCGUUUUGAUUCAGAGGUCUGGAGGACCAGCUGGAUCAGUUGCUGCAGUGAUAUAAAGAGUGAAUAAUGGCUUAAAAGUUUACAUUUCAUUGUCAUCAAAUUUGGAAAUUAUCUACAAAGGUAUGUAUUCUUAGUCAUUUGAAAGCUAAUUCUGGUUUUGCCCAAUUUCAGGGCUCCUCAGUGCAACUAGACAUAAGCUAGACUAAAGUUUUGGUCUGCGCUGAGAACAUAAAGUCUUGUAACUUCUCUGCACAAAAAAAUACGAACAGUCUGGGAGGUGAAAAGUGGCCAGUACAAAUUUUGAAUAUUUAAAAACAACUAAAAUGAAUUUUUAGUUGUCAGCUGCAGACCGGACCUUUUUAUUAGGAUGAAGCAAUUACUUAUAAUAGUGACUGUGUGCAACAAGUGUCUCCAUUGGUUUCAAGCGCGAAUUUGUUAUUUCAUUAAAUUUCCGAAAAUAAGAAUGUUUGUAUGUAAAUCAAGAAAAAUACUUUUUCUAAGAGAGGGCAUUUUCCUUUACUGCAAUACUUAGGGAAGCUUACUGUCUACCGUAUCCCUGGUAAGGAUGGCUGAAGAGGUAGUUCAUGCUUGCCCAAAGCACAACCCCUAGGCUAGGAGAUGGUGGAGGCACCUCAUAUCUCCUUGUUAGACUGAUUGGUCUAACCUGCUACCAAAAAGAGAGUGUAUAUGUACAUAAAUAAUUCAUUUUUUUGAGAGCAAAUGCAAAAUUCCAAUGCCCUUUAUUUUUGGCUAGCAAAGGAAUCCUAUUAGAUACAUUAUAUGCGAAGAUUUUAAAUAAAUUGUUUUUUUAAAAAUUUAGAAAGAAUCUGUUUUAGAAUACGCGAACAAAGAAUUAUCACAUUAGCGGAGGGCAAAAGAUGAAUGGUGACGAAUGUUAAUGACAAUACCUUGCUUGGUCAGAAUCGAGCUCCAGUUUACGGCAUCAAAAGGAAUUAUGAUCAUUCCAUUGAACCAAGCAACUCACACAUAUAUAUAAUAUUAAGCAACAUUCAUAAGUCAAAAGGCAGACAAGAGGUUCUAUUCUUCUCUUUGUAUUUUAUAUUCUUUUUCUUUGUUUCUACAAGUUCUCUGUUAACAUACUUCAGACAAUAAUAAAAAGUUCCAUCAAAAAAACAUGUCAAAAUUUUGGAACAUUCACGUUUAUGGUGGCAAGAAUCUCUUUCAGCCCUUUUCCAAUCCCAGAUGUUUGCUUUAUAUUGCUGAAAUAUUCCUUAAAAGCAUCUUUUUCUUGGCACAGGCUUUCCUCAAUUUCUUGGCACAGGCAAAUAUGUCAGCAGAUAGUACAACAAGUCCAGAAAAUGUACUGCUAGACUCAUAAGCCUUAAACAUCAUAAAUACAUUCUGGUUUUACAUUCCAUUGUUAUUUGAGAGAACAGAACACUUUUCGCAUUUGUGCUUGCUGUAUGUUUUGCGCAGCAAAUAACCAGCAACAUAUGCCAUAGCAUUAUCUUUGAAAACUCUGGUUUCAACUUGCUCAUUGAUGUAGUCAUUGGAAACCAUUUUAAGUGUCUUUUCUACAACAUGAAAAGUCAGGAGCUCUCUCUGGGAGCUCUCUUAUAUCUUAUAACUGUGCAAGGGGUUCAUUUUCAUCUUGCUCACAAUUGGCAGCUGAGAUUGUUAAAAGAUUUGUGAAGAACAACCUACGAUAUGUACUUUUGAAUUGGUUUGGGGUUGGAUUGUCAGAAUCCAAAAAAUAUUUCAAGGAGAUCUUGGUCAAGCUGUCUUGUAACCAGGAAGGUGACAUCAUGCUCUUCAUUUAAUUUAUGCCACAAUUUCGAAAUUGCCUUCAAUGUAAUGCACCAGCCUUUUAAACACCUUAAUUUAUUUGUAUGGUUAUCUUCUGUUGCUCCAUUAACUUCUUUUAUUGACUGUAAAAAUCUUAUACCAUCUUCCAUUUCUUUCAGGUGGGGAGAGGAAGCAGUUAAAGGCCGUUGAAAUAUUUCAUUAUCCCUGAAACUUAAUGAGUUGCAACAAUCAAAGAUUGAAUCAAAUUUAGAAAGGCUGUAGAUGGCAAUCGUUGAAGUGUAACAUAUGUAAAUAACCCAGCAGAAACUGGAUGGCUGAAUACUUGUGCUGCUAGCUUUACUCUCAUUUUUGCAAAUUGUGCUGGAUUGAUAUGCUCAUCUGUCAGCUUAGGUCUAGUUCUUAUUGCAAGCUUCUUCUCUUUUCAAUAAAAUGAUUUAACAUCUGACCAAGACACAGUUUUUCCAUCAAAAGUAAAAUUGUUCUUCAAUAAAUUGUGCCUUUUUGACUUUAACAAAUGUGUUGGAUCAAAAAUGGUAGAGUCUUGUUUGCCAUGCAUUUGAAAAUAUGGCCUAUCUACUGUGAAUCCCAUAGCAUCAUAGAAACUUGAAAAGUUGGAUCCCUGAUCACUUACUUCAACCUUCAAACCAAUUGACUCUAACUGCACAAGUGCUUCAUCUACAAAACUCUCUAGUUUAGCACUGCUACAAGCCUCAUUCACAAAGUAUUAUGCAACAGGCUGCUUCCAGUUUUCAAGAACACGACAGGCCAUAAGUACUAACGAGGAAUUAGCAACAAGACUACCAUCAUCAAGAGUUUCAAACUCAAUAAUAGAGUCCUGAACUACAUUGUAAAAGAAAAGGGACUUCAAUGAAAUUUCAUCCAUGACCAGAGUGCAAAUUCUAGCAUUGUCAGACAUAACUUGAACACAUUGUCUGAGAACAUACAAAUCGAAAAGCUGACAUCUGAAGCAAAUCUAGAGACAGUUUGGUUGAUAAUGAUUUUGAAGGUAAAUAAAGGAGCUUAGCAAGAAAUCUGUAUGCCUUUCCACUGAUGUGAUAAAACGUUAAAGGCCAGGCUUUGAAAGCUUUAUCAUAUUGUCUCCCUUUCUUUUUUUCAAAGAGAGGGUCAGCUGUUUUUAAUAAAAUCUAAUAAGUUAGAGGAGAUUACCCCUUCCAAUUGCCUAAUUAACUUUUUAAAGCUUAGUCGUUUUCUUUGUUGUUGUAGAACUCUUUUGAAUACACAAUUAUUAUUCAAUACACAGAUCUUUCGCCUCUUUCUUUGUAGCAAUUUCUUUGCAUGUACAAAGAAAGGUCAGCAGAUGUUUGACAUGACUUUUCGUCUUGAAUUGCUUCAAUGCAUCAGUUGACUCAAGAGGAAUUUCUUCUAUAGUGGCUUCUUCCUUAUCAACUAGGAAAUGAAUGAAAAACAAUCAAUGACAAACUGGAUGGUUUCCAUACAAAGCUUUAGUUUACAAUUUUAAAAAGAACAAAUACUCAGAAAAUGAUUCAAAUCAUACCUGGAAUAGAUGUAUCGCCUUCAGAUUCAAGGGAAAGUCAUUAAUUAGCCAUAUUUUCAAACUAUGUUUUUAUUUAUCAAAACAACUUCAGUAUAUCAUUCCAGGUCUGGUCUUAAACAGAUCUGAUUUUUAAGGUGAUAACUGAAAGAAAAUGUCUGUAUAUUAAGACUAUAAAUCAAUGCUUCUUCAAAUUUAUGUUCAAAAGAAUUUACAAUAGUCAAAAUUAUUAUGAUGCCACAUCGAUCUUGGUGGCAGGAACCAACCCAAUGGCCAUCAGUUGGGCUGUCACUAGCUUUUUUGCUCCAGAGGGGGUUUUAAGGUCCAAUUUGUGGACAAGAUGUGUGAACCAUUCUUCAUUUGCAGACAAGUUUUAAAAUUUGUUGACAAACCACAGCAAAUGAAUAUUUGUGGUCUCUAGACCUUUAGUGGUCUCUAGUAGCAUUACUUCAACAUUUCUUUUCACAUCAACUUUGCUGUGAUAUUAUUAUUGUUGUUAUCAAUAUUCUUUGCAAUAUGUCAACUGUGACUAACCUUCAUCUCCCACUGAUCUUUUUUAUUUAGAUACUGCCCCCUCUUUUCAUGCACCCUUUAGAGCUAGGAUCACAAACAGUUGAGUUUGUAAAUAGUGAUAUGCUGCAAGGUGACUCUUGUCAAAACCUUGAAAAUGAGCCUUUGGCCCUUAAGCUACUCUAUAGUUUUCGUGAGUUAUGACAAUUAAGCUUAGAAAUUAGAACACAAAAUAGGCGGCAAUGAUCUUUUUAGCCAGCCACUUUUAUACUGCAAACCCUAAUCAAUCUCCUAAUUCAUUAUAUUUGUAGCUGUGAACUGGAAAUAUUUCUAUAGAUUUUCCUUUUAUAAUCAACUUCAAGAAGAACUAAACGUCAAUCAGGACCUAAAAGUUAGAUACAGAAAGAGCAACAAAAGAUUUUCUGUUAAUUUCUCUAUAAAUAUUUUAAACCGCACAAAUUAUCUUAAAUUAAAUUAUCUAUAAUAAUUUAUAAAAUCCUAAACACAAAGAUAACACCUAAAUAUGAACAUUAAAUUCAAACUGAUAUGGACAACUAUCAAUAUUAAAUCAAACUAAUAAACAAAUAAUCAAAAAAUUGUUAGCAAAUAAUUUAUAUUUUCUGCAAAAACAGCCAGGUAAUUAUUUUGCUUUUCCCAUUCUGUCAAAAUCUCGAAUAACCACAAGUAAACCUUAAAUUUAAACUGAUAUAAAGUACAACUAUGAACAUUAAAUGAAAAAACUAACAUUUACAUAAACAAUAAAUAUUUGUCUUAUAAUUUGACAGGAAACGACAGGGUAAGGUUUACUAUUACUAUUUCAUCAAGUUUUAAUGCCUAUAUAAAAAGAAUGUGGAAUUCUUUAUAUUUAUUUUAAAAUUUUAUUAUUUGAACAAUUAACAAACACAACAACUAUGAACAUCUUUAAAUAUAUAUACAAUUCACAAAUUAAGCUUAACAAAAUAUCUAAAAUCUUGAAAAUAAAUAAAAUAACAAACUAUAAAUUUAAAGCAAACUACUUACUUAUAAUUAUGAUAAAUGAAAAGUUUAUUAUUCCCAGAGAAAUGAUAAGAGGCCCCGGGUGUCUCAAGUUUUUUUUCUUCGCUCUUCUCUUGCUUUUACUUUUUCUUUAAAAAUUUGACGAUUAUCCUCAUCCCUGGUCUGUAGGGAGAAGAGAAACGUUAUUACUGAGCUGCCACUUGUGAGAUGCAACAAAGAUAUUGAAACAUUGCUAAUAUGAGAAAUGAAGCGCUCUCAAUAAUAUCACCAACAAAGUGUGUGUGCAUGGAGACAUAAUUUGGAAUCUGUUCAGAUCAAGGGGCUCAAUCUCUUAUCACGCUUUUUGUAGCUUAUUAUUGAAUGGGCUCAUAGAUGAAGGGGAGCAUUUCCGAACAUUGAUGUUUAUAUAAAAGAAACUGAAGGCUGGUUCAUUGAGAAUACACACUUUUUUAUAAGAAUAUUGAGGCUCAUAGAUUCUAUAAGAAUAUUGAGGCUCGAAAUUGCUAAAAUUUAAAAUUAAUUUAAGAAUAAUGCCAGGCUCAACCAUCAUCAAGAUGAAAUUUUUCCUUUAUCUGGAUCUGAAUAGGAUCGUAUUUGUGUAAUUAUAUUUUGCAUUUUAGCAUCACAUUUUGUUUGUUUGCUCUUGUUACAUUCAUGAUGCAGCAACACAUCAGAAAGAUUUAAUGUUUUUCUUUGAUCUUAAAGCGAAUUUAGACCUUGUGUCGAGCAAUAAUAGUUUAAGAAUAAUCUAAGGCUGAAAAUUGAAAAUUUUUAAGAAUAUUAAGGCUCGACAAAAAAUUAGGAAUUCUUAUUAAAAAAGUGUGUAGAGCCAUUUUAAGCAGAGCUUUAAGGAGAGAGGAAAUAGCGGCUGUACGAGAGUAGAAGGGGGGGGGGGAAGAGGUGUCACUAAGCAUGAAAAUACAGCAGGGAUAUACAAAUCAGGCGCUUCAUUGCGCCCAAUUUUGUUUGGUAGAGCAGCACCUACAAAACACCCAAUGAAUAUAUUAAAACUGACAGUUCUAAUCGGUCUAAACCACAAGCUUAACCCUCAAGAUCAAUUUAGAAUAAUCAUUUUAAUGAAUUAUUGAUUAAUUCCAACAAAGCCUAAUGGUUUAAGGAGUCGGGUGGAAGAAAGUAAAAUUAUAAAAAAAUUUAAUUGAGCUCUAAAUUCAGGUCAAGCAGAACGUCCACUUAUGAAGUUCAUAUUAAUUUUGCUGAAAAAUAUUUACCACCUGUGGCAAUAAGAAAAUGAGCAAAGGUUUCUUACUCCUGUUAGAUAAUGCAAAGUCAUGAGAUCAUACCUUCUUUCUUCCCCUGACAUCAACAUCCACCUUUUUUUUGUUUUUUUUCUUUCACGAUUUCCUGAAAGAUAUUCCAAAAUUUCUAACGCAAACAGUCAACCUCUAUUAAGCUUCCUAUCAUCAUAAAGAGUAACAAACAUUUGUUAAGGUGAAAUUAUUGUCGUCAAACUGAGCAGGUAUCAUUGAAAAUCAUAAAAUCAUGCUUAAAAACAUCAAAAACCUACUAUAUCUUCCUGAUAUAAUAGCUUCUAUAUAUGGAGCAUUCAAAGAAGAUGUUGAUGAAAUGCAUGUUCACUUCUAAACUGUCCUAUACACAAAUCAAACCUUAAGAUCAAUUCAGUGUAAUCAUUGUCAAUGUUAAAUUGUGAAGAAGUAAAACAGUUAUGAAAUUCAUACUGGCAUUGCUAAGAAAAACAUGCCUCUCUGUGGAUUAGUUAACAAUAAUAAAAAUGUUAACAACUAUGAACAAUUUUGCGAACCUAAUUGAUAAAGUUUUAGAGCAUUUUUGCAAUCCAGGGUUACCUUGUCAAUGAAUUUUCAAAAACAAUUACAAACACUAUCUUAAAAGACAAUUAAGGCCUGAACAACUCCAUAGAAUGCAAUAGCUAGAGCAACUCCACUGCUUACACCCUAUAAAUUAAGGAACAAAUCAAGAUCACUCACUCCAGCCACUGAUUUUUCGUAAAAAUUAAGCCUGCCUUGAGCUCCAUCUACUGCUUCUUAUUGAAAAGGAGUGCAAUUUACAAUUUAUUAAAAAAAUAUAUGAUUUUGUGAAAUAAUUGUAGAAAUUAUCCUUCUCAGGAUCAAUUUCGGGGCCAGAGGUACUAGAUUCGCCCCUCUGGCUGAAGGAUUAGAAUUACCAAUGGGUUCAAAAUGUUCCAAAGAUUCAAUAAAACAAAAGGAAAGAUUACGUUAUAUAUAAGAGGAAUGUAUAUAUUAACUCAAAAAGAUAAAGUAAUUUAAAGUAUAAAUUUCAUAAUUUCUUCAAUGUUCACUUUUGAGGGUUCAUGGGUGUGUUCAUCGUUCAUAGGAAAUAAGUGUUUAUAAUUUCACCUGAGAGUUCUUUCUAAUAUUGCUUUGAUUCUUUGAAUUUGCUUUGAUUCCUUGAAUUUGCUUCGAUGCCUUGAAUUUGUUCAAAUUUCAUGAUACUUCUACUCUUGCAUCUCUACUCUUCUAAUGUUCAAUUUAAAAGCCAUGCAACAAUCACCAUCAAUCAAAAUCAUACAAAAAAUUCAACUCAAUAAAAGAUAGCUUGUAAAUAAAAAGGAAAGGUCAAGAAGAAAGCAAGGGUCAGGGGCUAGCGGCCCCAUUUCCCCACAAUAGUAAAGUGUUCUCCAGUCAACUUUUAAGGUAGAUAGCCUAAUGUUAAAAAAUCGAAAGGGCACUUUUACAUUUAGACUCGAACAUUAUCUUUUCAGUUGCCUUCUCAAACGGAAAUCAAACAUUGCUUGAUCCUUAUUAACUAAUUUAAAAACAAAAUCUUUGUUUGUGUUUGUUUUUCGAACAUGGAAUGCAUCUCUUUUUAAAUUCUAAGUUUACUGGCUAAGAACGAAAAAAUUAACAUACUCACCUAACAUGUUCAAAGACUCUUUUGGCAGGAAUAUUUUUCAAUUUAGUUUUAAAACAGAUAAAUCACAUGAUCAAUCCACGAUAGAGAAACGACAUGAAAGAGAACAUCUCAUGGGAAAUGACAAUUUAUUUUAGUGAUGCAAACAAAUUACACUAACAAUAAAUUGAACCAAUUUUGCAACAUAUCAACAUUUUAACAUUCAUCAAAAUUACAAUCAUCGAUAAUCUGGAGCUAUUGAGGAAUGAAAAAUUAGUAAGGCCAAAGGAACAAUAAAGGAUGGAUGGAUGUUUAUUAGAAAAUCAGCCUUCUUCAAACGUAUGUUAAAAGGCCUGCUCACAGGGAAACCACUAAUUAAUUCAAAAACAUAAUCAAUUUCAAAGGAGAUGAAUCUCAACGGAAUUGAAUGAUUGACAGUACUGUUAACGCAAAUAGAUACCAUUAAACAACAAUAUAUUUAUCAAUCCAUUAUUGUUCAGUAUGAUUAAUGCCCUAAUUAUGUCUGCGUAUUACUGUAGAACACAAAGCGAAUACAGCACAUAGGCCAAACAGCGUCGCGUUGACAUUUCUGGAUUGGUCCUGUACUGAAAAGAAGCAAAUAAUAAUAUUAUAAUUAAUGAAAAAAACAAAACGGGGUUCUCUAUAAAUUAUUAAUGAUCAGAAAAAACUUGAAAAGCCCUUCAAAAUGAGCCUUUGGCCCCAAACAUACUUCAUGCCGUUUGAGAGUUAUGAAAAUAAUGCCUAGAAACUGCAACACAAAAUGGAGGGAGGGACCCGGUUACAUAGACGUUCCGGUACCAGAAAUUAAAAACGCCCUAGAAACAUCAAUUGCUUAAGUAAACCCACAUGAAACAGUGCCAUUAAAAUUGCGUCAAGGAGAUCUUUCAUUUGGUAUCAUUUAUUUGAUGUAUAGUAUCACACUCAAUAAGAAACUGUAACAAAUCAUCAAAACAAAACUAUGACGUCACUAUGACGUCACAACUACGCCCAAUUAAAAAACAACUGACACCAGCAGAUCAUCCUUGUGAAACCCUUCAAAAUGGCCCAUGGCCCCUUAUUUACUCCAUACAGUAAAGGAGUUAUGGCAUUAAAGCUUGGAAAGUCAAAACACAAAAUGGCAGAUCGGGCCUUGUCAGAACAAUUACACUAAUACAGAAAUGUGCCAAAACUUCAACCGGUCAUAGUGACGUCAUUACUAGGUGAUACCCCAAAACAAAUACCACCAAUCGAUUUGCAAUUUAAUAUUCAUGAAAAUUAAGAUAACUCUAAGAUAUACCAAGCAGCUACAGAAACUUGGCAGCAGGCCCUUUAUACUUUUUGUAAAGAUGUGUCUUUCCUAGGCCCAAGGUUUGAUUUAUAAAAAUAAUGAGUGCUAGUGGAAGGGUAGCAGCCUUGUGGCAGCAUGUGCCCACAUGAAUAUCGAGCCAAUAUCCUAUAAUCAGAGGUUUAUAUGACUUCAUCAACGACCAGGCUUCCUAACAUAUUUGUGGCCUGGCUCUUACCACUUAAUCUGACAUGAGGUAGAAUCUGUUUAACUGAGCAAAUUAUACAUUCAACGAUUUGAAAUAAAAUAUCACUUCCUUUAUUAAAUGAAGAUCAACUGCCCUGCAAAGCUAGCUAGCUGAAAACUUCAGCAGAACCCCAGAAUAUAUAGUAUUCAUGUUUAAAACUGUGAUCAAUGUUUCGAGUUCAAAUGAGUAAAAUUACACAGGUGAAACUGCAAAGGCCAAUUUUAAUCCUAUUGGUUGCUGUUAACAAUUGCAUCGGUCAACUCGGCUUCUUAUUGGUUGCAUAAACAACUGCAGAGGUCAACUCGGCUUUUUAUUCCAUAAUUCAAAUCUGACCUAUGAUGGUGCUAAAAUUGCAGAGGUGAAGUAAACGCUGAUUGGUUUACAAGAAGUUUGCAUAGUUCAAGCACGUGGUGAUUGGCUCUCGGGUGAUAAACAAGCUACUGGAUUCAGAAAAUACGGACCAAAUAAAUACAUAGAAUCGCCACGGGAAAGGGCUGUGCAUAAACGUAAUGAUAGUCAGCAAAAUACAUGAUCUGUCAUACGUAUGCUGUUGGUAUGUAAUGGGGUUUGAGUAGAUCGACAGCAAGAGAUUGCGUGCAACUCGUAUUGAGAUUAUGAACUAAUUAAUGAUUCUAAACAGCGAUUACAAAAUAUGCAAACAGGAAGAUUAUCAUUAGAAAAUUAGCAUGAAUUGGCGAUUAGAUUUCAGUCCUAUUACAGAUAUUGGUGGGGGGGGCAGAUUUAGGGCAGAAAUUUCUGAAGAAUUUGACAAAGAAACUAUUAUUCAAAGAUUUUCAUGGUUUUAAUUUUUUUUCUUUCUGCAAAAUCUGACUCAUGCUACUGCUGUAGUCUGGAUCUGCUUCUGGCUGCAAGGUAACUCUGUAACAAAAGCAACCUUACAUUUUAUGAUACAUUCAGGUAUAACAUAACUAGAGUAUAUCUUUCCCUUUUGAAGCUGUACCCUGUUUCAAAGCAUUCAGUUGUUUCUCCUUAGGAAGAGAGAGUCUAGCCAAGCUCAUAUAUCUCUGUUGUAGAAAGAAGCAACAGUAUUAGUGUUGAUGAAAAUGGUUUCGCCCCGGACGACCCAGAAAAUGCCAAAACUACCGAAAUUGAAUUCAAAUUACAGGAUGUUGAACUCUUAAUAAAUCUUACAAAUGAGAAGCUGAAAAUUGCAAAUAGGCACCAAAAAUCUAAAUCCUUGAACUAGCAGGAAGACAGCUUAAGAGUUUAAACUGUGAAAGGCCUCUCAAAAAGAGAAUCGUCGCCAUGCAGGAUGUAAUAUGUGGAGAAGCAGCGAAGAAGAUCAUAGAUUUCGUGGUAUAAUUCUAUUCGGCUUUUAAGUGAAGUGCCGCCUGAUUGGUCAAUCAGCGCGUGCCUAGAUACCUUGGUAGCAACAAGGCGCACCAGAAUAAAUGUCAACAAGAUACUGCGGUUGUAAACGUUCGAGCUUAGCUGACGUCUAUAUUAACAAAUUUUUUUCCAAAUUCUUGCUUUUACAAAGUUCACUUGGCGUAUUUAUAUCAAUUAAAUCGUGCUAUCCUGUUCAGUACUUAAAUAAUUGCUUGGAAUCGACACUUGAAGUGUUUGCGCUCGGAAAGCCUAGUCAGUCAAUAUAGAAGUUAUGGCGGAGGUAAUAUCACUUACCGGAAUGGUCAAGUUUUUCAAAGAGGAUACAAACUGUUUGGAAAAAGGGGAGCUGAAAUUCAAGUCAAGUUUUGUUCUUGAUGUCAAGUUAAUUGGCCAUGAAGUUAAAGCUGUUGUACGAGCGUCAUUGAAGGACAAGUGUUACAACGUGUCUCUGACUGUUGACGGUGAAGGGUGUAUCUCUACUAGUCAUUGUCAGUGUCUGAGAGGAAAAUGGACCUGUAGUCAUAUGGCAGCUGCAGCUAUAUUUGUUAAUAAACGUGGAUUUUCCAAAACGGAUCUUCCGAACUCUUGGAUUGCAAGACCUAAAAAGUUUGUCGAACUCAAGCCUAUGUCGGAUUUGUUUCCCACGCCGAAGCCCGACUAUACAGCAACAUCACUUGAAGUUGAUGAUGAAGACAGGGCUUUCUUUUAUAAAGAACUUUGUGAAACAGGGCUUACGUGUCCUUUUCAGUGGAUACUUGGUCCAGACCGCCACAAAUUUAAGCCAAUAACCCGCUAAUGCCGCAGCUAAUAGAGGACCUUGUGGAAGACUUCUUAAGCAACAAAGAAGCAUUCAUUGAAAAAUGUAAAGUGAGUAAUGCACAGAAAAAAUGGUUGGCAUCAAACACCGUAGAACAGAGGCUUUCUUCAAUGUGGGCUAAAUUCAGGCGAUUACGCUUAACAGGCAGCAAUUUUGGGGCAGUUUUGAAAGCCAUACAACGCAACAAAAAUCAAAACCGACCCUACCCUCCUUCCCUGUUUAAAACAUUGAGAAUGGAAUAUUCACUUUGAAAAAAAGAUGCCAUUAUGUGGGGUCAGAUGCAUGAGGAGAUGGCAAUCCAAAGCUAUUCUCAGAUAACAGGCAACACUGUAACAAAAACAGGUCUCCGUUUAUUUCCUUGUGGCUUUUUGGGUAGCAGCUCAGAUGGCAUUAUUUCAGUUCCUGAUGACACAGAAAAUAUUGGGGUUAUUGAAGUUAAAUGCCCAUUCAAAUACAGAAAUGCAAGCAUCAGUGAGAUUAUACAAAAUGAACUACCUGAUGGUUCUAAGGGAAGUUCAUUCUACCUUAAGAAAGAUGGUCAUCCGAGAGAGAGCCAUGAAUACUGGCAUCAGGUGCAAGCUGAAAUGGCCUCAGUUGGUGUCAAUUGGGCACAUUUUGUACUUUGGACUCUAAAGGAGACAUACUACACCCAAGUGAUCAGAGACCCAAACUGGGAAAAAAUAUUACUCCCAUUGCUUUAAGACAUUUAUUUGAAUGAGCUCUUUCCAACAUUUUAUACUAAAGAUAAAAAAUUAAUUACUUGAUGCUUUCUGCCGUUAUUUCUAUCAUUUCUUAUCUAUAAAAUGACUUAAAAUCAUUACAUGUUUAUUUUAUUCUAAAUUAAAAACAAUAACAAACUUUUACCAGAAAAAAUAACAGUAUUAACUGACUUAAACUUCCAACUGUAAUAAGUUAAAUGGAUUAAUACUACUGUAUUAACCUACACAUAAGGUGCACUUUUCUCUCAUCAGCCUGUUUUACAUUGUGUAUCAUUAUACUGUAACAAUUUGAGUCAUCAUGUGUCAAAUGAGACAGUCUUUAAUAUUUAAUAAUUAGGCAACGUUUCUGGAGCAUUGACUCAGAUUCCCAAAAAACUUUUCAUUAUCAAAUAUUCUGAUUUAUAACAUGUAUUUAAUUAAUUGUUUUUCAAAAAUCACUGCAAUUCAAUACUAUGACAUCACCAUGAAAUUACAACCACGCCCAAAAACGACAAAAAACAACCCUAAGAAUUUCUCCAUACAAAAACCUUCAAAAUGAGCCUUUGGCCCCUAACAUACUCCAUACUGUUUGAGAGUUAUGACAAAAAAGUUUGGAAAGUCAAACAGAAAAUGAGGGGUGGAACCUCGUAGACACUGAUUCACAAAAAAAUCGAAAACAUCAUUAAAACAUCAAUUCUUAAAAUAAAACAAAAAUCAAUACCACUAUUCGAAUCGCUUUGAUGAGAUCUUUCAUUUGGUGUUAUUCAUUUUGAUGUUCAUCAUGUAUUCAAUUAGUUAACUUUCAAAAAUUCCGUGAGAUUAAUGACGUCACUACUAUGACGUCACUACGACAUCACAGCCACGCCCAAUCUGAAAAUUAACCACCCCAAAAGAUGCCCCUUGCAAAAAGCUUCAUAAUGAACUUUUGGCCACUAUCAUACUCUAUAUUGUCUGAGAGUUAUGACAAUAAUGCCUAAAAAUUGCAACACAAAAUGGAGGGUCGGACUGGGCUACAUAGACGUUGCAGUACCAGAAAUUAUAAACACCGAAGAAAAAUCAAUUGGUCCUUGUAGAUGCCCCUUGUAAAACCCUUGAAAAUGAGCCUUGACAAACCCUAGAAGUCCCCAAAGCUACUCUAUAGUAUUUGACCAAUCUUCUAUUUCAUUAUAUGCAUAACUUAAAAUUGAAAAUUUUUUGAAAAUUUAUUUACUUUAUAAAUAAUUGCAAAUUCUAAUCAGGACCCAAAAUUGUCUAGUUAAUUCAGUUAGAGAAUUAUAUUGUGUGUAAGAAGUUAGAUACAGAAAGAGCAAAAAAGGAUUGUUUUAAAAUUCUCUAUAAUUAUUUACACACAACAAUUCAAAAUUUCAACAUACAAAAAGUCUAAACAGAAAUAUAACACAUAAAGAGAAACAUUAAAUUCAAACUGAUAUAGACAUCUAUGAAGAGUAAGUGAAAUUAAUAUCCAAAUAAUCAAGAACUUUUUGUCAGAUAAAUUAUAUUUUGAGCAUAAACAGGCAGGUAACGUUUUUGUUUUUUCCAUUCUAUCAACAUCUCAAACGGCCAAAAAUAAACCCUAAAUUUAUACUGAUAUGCAACUAUGAAGAUAUUUUAGAAGCAACUAUGAAGAAUUUAAAGUUUUUUCCAUUCUAUCAAUAUAAAUGUCUAAAUAGGAAAUUUGCGUUUUUUUCCUUCAUUUUGAAAUUUCAUAAUUUAAAAUAAGAUAUGAAACAAACAAACAGCCGAACAUAUUUAAAAACAACAAAACUACUAAAAACAACAGAACAUAUUUGAACACAAUAAAACUACUUAUUAUUAUUGACUGUCAUAUUUGGGAACGUUCCGGAAUAGAAAUUAUUACAAAAGGAGGGAAAUUCCUUUCUAUAAAAAGGAAAUUCCCUCCUCUGCUGCUCUUUUCUUUUCUUCUUAUUAUUAAAGAUUUUGACAAUAAUAGUCAUCCCUGGUCUGAAAGAGAAUUAGAGAAAUAAAAAUUGAAUAUAUUGGCCUGUACAUUAUAUUAAAAUAUUAAAAGAUUUCUUAACAAUCAGAAAUGAAAUAUACCGUCUUCAAAUAAUUUCAAUAAUUUAAAGAAUGAUAUAUUUUCGCAGCGUAUUAUUCGCAGCGUAUAAAUUGAAAAAUGAACAAGUUUUUACUGUGCAACAGUAGGAUUUACAAUUGUGAUAAGAUAAAUACCUAAGUUCCUUGAGCUUCUUUUCUCUUUAUUUAAGAACAGAAUUGUCUUAAUGUCUUUUAUAUUAAAAUCUUUUGCCACAGUCCUUCUCAUUUUUGAAAAUUUUUUUUCGAAUGGUAUUUCCUAAGAGUAUAAGAAUGUGACUAUUAAGUUUUACAAUACAACAGUAAAAAUUUUUUUUAUCUAAUAAAUACUGUAAAAUUUGAAACGAAAUUCCCAAUGUAAAGAUUGACCAUCAACUACAUGAAAUUUUAUUGUAAGCAAAGUCUGUAUAUAAGUCAUUAAUUUUUAAUGUAAGUUACAAAUAUUUGCAAGGAAAAUACUUGUAUAUAUUAAGUAUUAUGAAGUAAGCAAAUAAUAACCUUUUUUUCAUUUUUAAAACAUACUGUGACGGUUUCUGGCCUUUCUUCCAUUGUUUUUUCGUCGUCAGACAUUAUCUCUUCUUUCUGAAAUUUCGCUACAAUGUAUUACAAGGAGUCAAAUUUUUCAACUAUUUAUACAACUUUGCACACAAAGAACUCAAAUUUUCUAAAACAUUUGGUGAAAUUGCAAAUUCGCCUGGAAAAUUUUUUUUUAUAAAGUAACACAAAAAGGGUGGCCGAAGCCAUUCAAAAGUAUGAAAAAAAUGCAAAAUUGUAUUACCACCAAGAUCACCAGAUCUGAACCCAAUAGAAAAUGUUUUCCACAAUGUUGAAAGAAGCAUUGCAGGAAAGGAUACAGAAGGAAGAUUUCGCAGCUUUUAAGGAGAGGGUGUUACAGACACUAGCCAAUUGCAGUGGUUGAUUAUUUUAUGGAACUAUCAAAACUAUGCAUAAAUGUCUCAAAACAAAAACUAAAAAUGGAGGAUACAGAACAAAAUACUGAAAUAUUGUAAUUUUUUUGUAAACAUAUAUGUUUAUAAACAGCUGAGUAAAAAAUGACAUGGCUAAAAUGUAUACGAAAAUCACAAACAAGUAGAAUUUUUUACUGCGUGAUGCUCCUUCGCACAUACAGACAUCAGCAAGGUAGAGAAAGUGUUUUGUGAUUCCUUAAGAGUUCAUGCUUAUCUCUGCUUUUGUGUAGAAUCUUCAACUUAAUCAUAGUAGAAGAUUGGCAUCUCAAUAUAUUCCAAUACUUAAAAUCAUUAGAUCUUACACGAAAUUGAAUUGAAAACUAUUGGUAUUCAAAUGUCGUAGGGCCAUCUCGUAGACCAAAAGGUCUUCCCCACGGUUAAAGUGCCUCUCCACCUAAAAUCUUUUAUGACAUUUAUCGAUAUGAUACUAGACAUACAUUACGUCAAUUGAAACUAUGUCGCAAUUGGACUUAUAGUUUUGGUUUUCUAAUGCGUCAAAGUUGUAAAUAUUGACGCAUUACGUAAUCAGUUUCGAUUUAGCGCCGCGCUGCGAAUGAAUGAAAAGUUGCCUUGGUCGAAUGUUUCUGACGUCAUACCGGGAACCAAAAAAAUGUAUAUAAGGCCAGCAUACAUGGAAGGCUAUUGAAAAACUAAAUCGAUAUGCCGGUGUAAUAUGCGUUUUGGUACCCUAUGCAAAAGUGUAACAUUGUGAAACGCAAUGUGUUACAAAUCAUGUUGAUUUAUCAUGGUGUGAUGUUAGGACACAAUGUGCGAAAUCAUGUUGAUUUAUCAUGGUGUGAUGUUAGGACACAAUGUGCGUUACAAAUGGAACACAGUGCUUCCCGAACAAAAUAUUUCACACUUGCCUAUCACGCAAACUAGCGGCGCCAUUUAUUUUGUACUCUCUUUGCGUUUCCUAUAUAAAGGAAAUCAGAGCACCGCUUGUAGUUAGCACCGCCUUGUUAAAAAUUAGUUAGAUUGCUCAUUACAUUCUGAACAAUACGGACCAAACCGGAAUGCAAAGAAUAUAGGAGCCAAAGCACAAGAACCGUAUCCAUAAACUCAGUUGCUUGUGUACCCUCUUUUCUUUUUUUACAAAAAUUAAAUAACUUGAGGUCAAGCUUUGUAUAUUCGUUUUAGUCAAACAGGCCAAACUUUCCUUGGUUGUAUGUAGAACCAUUUCGAAGAAAUAAUUUAGAACAAGCUGAGGCAGAAUUACAGCCAAACUUUAAAUUUGAACAAAUUUAUGAAACCCCCUUAAAAAGUGUAAUUCGAAAAUGGGAUUUAGGGGAUUUUUCUCGAUUUUUCAAACUUAACAACAGUCCAGCCUCAAUGCUUAAAAUGGAAAAAAUUAAGAACAACGAGCCUGAGUUUCAAUUUACUAGUUCUUAUACAAAGAAGCUUAUAUCACCAUCAAAGAUCAUAAAGAAAACUUCCCCACCAAGGUAUCAUGCAGACUUAUAAACCCAACCAAAUCAGACAUUGGCAAAAUUAGCAAAACAAUAUUAGAUAAAAUUAACAAUGAGAUCAUCACAGCAAGUAAAGUUCACCAAUGGAAAAAUACAGACUCAGUUAUCCAAUUGUUUUAACAGUAUUAAUAAUAAAGAAGACGUAAAGUUCAUCACCUUUGACAUAGAAUCAUUUUACCCAUCAAUAUCUGCUGAACUAUUCAACAAAGCUAUAGACUAUGCCAAAAACCUAACAGAUAUUACAAACAAAGAAAUUGACAUUAUAUCGAAAUCAAGGAAAACAUUACUUUUCAACUCAGGAAUCCCAUGGGUAAAGAAGAAAGGCGACAAAGAUUUUGAUGUACCAAUGGGUUGUUUUGACGGAGCAGAAAUUUGUGAAUUGGUUGGUACCUACAUCUUAAACAAAUUAAAUUCAGUAAUGGGUAACGGAAAUGUUGGGCUAUACAGAGAUGAUGGGUUAGGUAUUGUAAGGAAUUUAUCAGGACCAAACAUUGACCAAAAAAGAAAGAAAAUCAUCCAAAUAUUCAAGGAGUGUGGACUAUCUAUUACAAUUAAGACAAAUCUCAAAACAGUAGACUUUUUAGAUAUACGCCUGGACCUUCAAAACAAUACUAUUCAACCAUAUCGAAAACCAAAUAACAAUCCUGUCUACAUCAAUAAACAUUCUAAUCACCCGCCGACAGUAUUAAAAGAACUACCUAAAGGCAUCAACAAACGGAUAUCAGAAUUAUCAUCAACUGAAGAAAUUUAUAGAAGAGAAAUGACCGUAUAUGAAGAAGCUCUUAGAAAAAGUGGUUUUAACGACAAUUUGAAAUACAUCCCCAAAGAUACCGAGAAAAGGAAAAAUGAAGAUAAAAAGAAGCGCAAACGGAAAAUUAUUUGGUUUAAUCCACCCUACUCGAGGAAUGUCAAAACCAACGUGGGCAAAAUCUUCUUAAAGCUUGUAAAGAAACAUUUCGCUGAUGAUGAAAAACUGGCUAAAAUUUUUAAUAAAAACACAAUCAAGGUUAGUUACAGCUGCAUGAAAAAUAUAGGUUCCAUAAUAUCCUCACACAACAAAUCUGUUUUAAACCCAAAAAGCAAGGAAGAAUAUGGAUGUAACUGCAAAAACAAAGACGACUGCCCAUUAGGAAAUGAAUGUUUAACACCCAACCUCAUAUAUGAAGCAACAGUUAGCAACGAUAAAGAUGAUGAAAAGAAAAAAUAUAUUGGCCUCACCGAAGGUACAUUCAAACUACGAUAUGCUAACCAUAACAAAGAUUUUAAACACGAAAGAUAUAAAAAGAGUACCGAACUUUCAAAAUAUAUUUGGAAAUUGAAGGAACAAGGAAAGAUACCAACCAUUAAAUGGAGAAUUGUCAAGAGAAUAAAAAGCACAGCUAGAAGCAACUUUUGUAAAUUAUGCCUGACAGAAAAAUUUUAUAUAAUUCAAUCUUUAGGGGACAAUAAAAUACUUAAUAAUAGAACAGAAUUUAUAAGCCAAUGUAGACACCAAAACAAACUUUUGAUUAGCAAUUUUCGAUCUUAGAAUGUAGUUGUUAUGAUUUAUCACUCUGCACAAUUAACUUUGUUUGAUUGUGUUCGAUUAUUCGUUUUCACCGUUAUAUCUUGCUUGCCGUUAGCUUGUGUUCUUUUAUACACCUGAUGAUUGUUUACACAUGAAACUCAGAGUUGUGUCACAAUAGUCUGUUUAUUUUAGUCUAUCUAAUCGCUCCGGUAAGUUGAGCACUCUAGACAGCAAUAUGAUAAUUAAUAAAUAUAUAUAUAUAUAUAUAUAUAAAUAUAUACAGUCUUUGUAAUAUGAAAAUAGGCCGCAUGCGGCAUUUCGCACGCCUUGAUUACUUUGCGCGUGCGAUGGCGUGCGAUGCGAACCGCUUUUGAUCGGUUGUUUCUCAUACCUGUUGUCAAGAACUGCUUUUAAGGAGACCUUUUGUGUUAUUAACUGAACGGAAACCAAGGAAAUUGACGGAGAAACUGUUCUUGUUCUUUUUUAAAGAUGUUAAAUUUAUUUAGUCACUUAAAGAAAUCUGGAUUGAAAAAAAAUCUUAUUACUGAUAGACCCUACCAUCCGUCGACACAUUGCCAAGCAGCGUCACUGACUUCAGUAGCAUCGUUAACAUAGCGGAUAACUUAGCGGAUAUUCAUAAAAACUAUCUUACCGUCGUAUUCCUUUGGAAUUGAGCUAACAAUCAAAUGAGAAGGAAUGGGUAGAGAAAUGACACAAACGUCGAAAUUAACACACUUUCUUUGAGCACAAAACCAAGUUUAAAAUAAUUUAAAAAUAAGUACAGUCAUCGUCACUUUCUUCAUCAUCAGAGCUUUCUUCAGCCUCCUCCUCCUUAUCUAGCUUCGGUUUCUUCAGUAAACUGUUGCACUUAUCCAGUUUUCGCUUUCUGCUCUUCGAAAGAUAGAUUUCCGUUGCCCUUUUCAAAAUAUUAUCUCUUUCUUCGUCAGUCCAUAUAAUGUCAUUGACUGCGAUGCGAAGUCUCAUCUCCAUAACCCUAUGUGACAUUCGCAAUCUUCUAUCUGACAAUAAUAUGCUGAGAAUACUAAACGCUCUCUCUACAGAUGAAUUGGAGCCAGAUAUUGCAACCAUUAUCUUUGCCAGAAUGCAAAGGUUUGGGUACUUGUCUGCCCUGUAAGAAAGCGUAUUUUUCCACAGCUUUCUUGCCUCAAUCCAAAAAGCCCUAUACUGUACGUAUUUUUUGAAUGACUUCCAUUCCUUGAGAGCUUUCGAAACGUCAAACUUUGUCUCGCUAAGAGGGGUUUUGAAAAUAGCUGCAAAAGCAGUGAUCUCUGGGACCCCGUAAUCCUUGUUGUGGUUCCAUUGCUUUUGAUCAAACCAUUUCAUUGUACUGAACACUCCAUCAUCGUAUGUUUUCAGGCGUUCUUGCAUUGCUUUUAUUAGUUUUUCGCCUGUGACACUGCGUUGGCGCAGGGCCUCCUCCUUUACUGCUAUGUGUACAUUCUUUAUUUCUCUCAUUGUUACAGUAACAGGGCUGCGAUUGUCCUCUUUAUGUAAAUUGUCUCCUGUACGUGUAAAUUCACUUGUAAUUGUGGUCUUGCCUGAAACAUCAAUAGCAACUUGGAAUUUACUAUGUAGCAUGUUAUCAGUAACAGAUUGUGUAACCAUCUGCUCCGACACAGUUUGAAAGUGGGGGGGGGGGCAAGGCAAAGUUAAACACCCAAAAUAAAAGAUCUUGAAAAAAACCUCUUAUCUUUUGCAUAAUUCAACUUUCCUUUAUAGAUUGCUCGCAGGUAGGGCCAGGUAGGGGUUCAAGUACAACCGCAAAGCAAGAAAAUACAAUGGUUACUCACAAUGAAAAUUGAAUAAAAUACACUAACCAUUUCUUUCACAUCUGAUAAGGACCAUUUCUUUUUCACGACCAGUUUUUCUGGCUUGAGACCCAUCUGAUAAUAUGGACAUAAAAUUGGUACUUGCGAUCUUGUCGUAUUAAUUGUUAAGCGAUCUUUUUGACGCUAUUGAUAAAUCCCGUAUGGGAAUACUUUAACAACACCUUGGACAACGACAGAACUGCCUUUGAAUUUGGCGACUUUGAGUUACCGCUGCUUUGAAAAUCUUCGAAACAUAAGCAAUUUUAAAAAUUGUUGUGGCAAAUUCUUUGUUUUGCGCGUGCGAUGAUUAGCACGCCUCAGACAAUUUGUGCGUGUGUGGAGGUGUGCGCGUGCGAUUGCACGCCUCAUAUUACAAAGACUGAAUAUAUAUAGAAAUUUAUCUUUUGAUACUUCCGUAGCACAUUGCUCAAUACGUUAGCACGUAGAGCGUUAUAUAUCAUAGAUUGAAGAAAGUAAAACUACAUGGUUUAUGUCUACAAGCCUGUUUCGUGAGUAACUCACUCUUCAGGAGAUGUUCAGUCAGGAGGUAUAUAUAUAUAUAUAAAUAUAUAUAAACAUAAAUAUAUAUAUAUAUUGGGCCCUUUGGCUCAGUGGAAUGAGUGGGGGUUUUUGAAGCAGCAAACUGGAGUUCGAUUUCCACCAAGAGUGGUUCGAUAUAAUUGGGUAGCACCCUUGUGGAAAGAUUUUCCUCUUGUCAGCCUUCGCCUUAUGAUUAGAUAUGUACAUUUAUAUUUUAUAUUUUUAUGCUUCUGUUGUUAUUGCUGGAGUUCUGACAUCGUUCCCAAAUCCUUUUUUCCACAAUAAUACCUCUUAAAAGCGGACAUCGUGUAUUAUUUUCUACAUUUACGCCAAUAGAGAUCGGUAGGCUGAAUAAAAAUCAAGAAAUGGCUAUUUCUUUUUUACUAGUUGAACAAAGAGUUUUACCAAAUUCUUGGCGUUAAUCACAAGAUGACGGCAGCAUACCAUCCGCAGACAAAUGGUUUAGACGAAAGGACAAAUCAGAAUAUAAAAAGGUAUAGAGUUGAUUUAUUAUGCAGCAUGUUGUGAUUUUAAUACUCCUGAUCUUGGUGCCCUCUUUGUUGUCGAAAAAACUCUUUUUUAGAAGAACAAUUUCAUAGAACACGAGCCUCAAUAGAAAAUUGGUCAAAAGUUAAAAACAAAUUAAACAAUUUCGAACAACGUUCUCAAAAACGAGAAUUUUAAGCCAUGUGUGGGUGCUUUUUCAAUGAAUAUUCAAACUUGUUGGCAAAUGAAGGUUGUCUCACUCACUUUGUUGGCAAAUGAGGCCUGCAUACCUCCCUAGCAAUCGCAUUGCUUACACCCUAAAAAGUUAAGAACAAAAGAGCACGGGGCCUUAAUAGAGCUUUUACGGUAUUUAAAGUGGAGUUUUAUAAUGUUAACUUGUUUUUCUAUCAAUAAAAUAUUUUCUGGAGUAAAAUGCUUAUUUUUGAGGAUCAUAAACUCUAUUAAUUCACUUUUGAAUCUAUAUUUUUAAUUUACUUAAAGGCGUUUAGAGAAGCUUCUUUCAGAGGAGGAGUCCCUUGAUCAUUGGGUCGAGCUUAUUGACCCAAUACUGUUUUCAAUCAGAACAACAAAAAGCUCUACCACAAAAUUUUCUCCUUUUCAAUUGAUGCAUGGCGGAGAAGCCCUGCGACCAAUCGAAACUACGGAGUUCGUUAGUGAUAUAUCUGAGGUAUCUGUUUUCUAGUUUUUCAGUUAGAUUAUUUAAGAGCAUAAGUCAAUUUUUAUAGUUUUGUAAAUUGGCCUUAUUGGAAGAGAAUACAGCAAUCUGUUUUUGACUCAUGUUUAGUAUCACUGAACAUUGAUUGAACUCAAAACAGGUGAACUUCAAAUGUCCAGCAUGGUCUAAUAUAUUCAGGGGCGUAGCGGGUAGGGGUGGGGCUGUUUGGGGGUGUCACACCCUUAGCUAAGAGGGCUUAACUUCCCAAAAUAACUAUGCACUAUGAUUAUUCAUUAUUAUUUGCAUCAAAUUUUCUGCUUUAUUAGACACUUGAAUGCUGAAGCAAAUUAGUGAUUGCAUCUAUUAACGACAACAAUGUCUCUUUGCAGAAGAGAAUACAGCUCCCAUUAGAAGAUGACAUUGUUGCCUUCGUCAACAAGAUAAAUGACGUGAAAGGAAAGAAAGAUGAGAUUGCAAAAAAAACAUCAAGAUUUCACAAGAGAAGCAAAAAAAGUACUACAGAAAAAAAGACUUCCUGGUGGAAAGAAGGCCAUUACAUUUUCUGUUGGUGAAAAGGUGCUGCUGUUCACUGCUCGUCAAACCACCCGCAAAGGAGACAAGCUUGCCAAGAAAUGGACAGGACCGUAUACCAUUUCGGAGAUUGUUGGAUCAAAGCAUGUCUUCCUUGAUGGUAAAAAAGUGAAAAAAAACAUAAAGCACCUAAAACCUUGGAUUUUCGAAGAAGAAAAAACCGAAAGUAAAACUGAGACGAGGCCUAACGCGGAAGAUAACACAAAUAAUCUGGUGCCAAAUCCUACUGUCGAUGAAGGUGAGAAUGAGGCUGAAGAGAUUGUAGAUCGGGACAUGAAGGAAAAGAGCAAAUCAAGAAUUCACGAGAAUGAUGAUUCUGAAAUUGCUUUUGCAGAUAAUACUAAUGUGACUGGUUUCUGUGAAGAUGAUAGCAUGUUGCCAAAUCAGGAACAGUUCGAGCAUUACCUCAAAGGUUAUCCAGAAAUGAAUGCGCAAUCUUCGCCUAUAGUUUCCAGAACCGAGCCUAAAAAGGAAGAUGAGGGCCUAUAGUUGUCAGCCAGACGAAUGAGGAAGAUAAUGGGGAGGCGUAUGCAUUCAAGGUAUCUUCGUUGUUUGUCACAAAAUCGCACGUGAUUUCGAUAGAAGAUGACGACCCACGUGUCCACCUACGACAAUCUGACAAGGCACUACGAAAACAGGAAUUGCCUCCCAACGCUGUCGUUGACACCAUAUGGGAAUGUAGCGGUGUUGGAUAUUGCGUAAGCAACAUCAAUGGUAUAAGCCUCAGUGAUAACCGAAUCCUAGAGCUGAAGGGCGAAUCAUACCUUUCAGAUGAGGUAAGUACAAUUCAAAUAAUUUAUUGGAAUUUUACGUUUUUUAAUGAGAAAAGUUUUUUUAAAAUUAAAAAGUUCCUUUCACAGGUUUUGCACUAAAUAGUGCUUUUUAACUGCUCAAAAAAAACCUUGAUCUGUGUAAACAAAUGCUUUACUUUACAUGAGUUCUGGGCAAAAUUUACACUUUAUGAAUGGAAAUAUAUAUAGAAACAAACUUUUAUAAAUUUUAUUAUGGUAUAUAUUAUGUGAUUGCAAAGCCUGUAGCUACUAGGAAUUUUUGACUUCAUUUCAAUCGAAAAAUUAGUGGCUAUGAUAUAAGAUGUUGCCAAAUGUGAGAAAACGAUGUUACAGAAACAAUUAGCAGCCAGCUGUGUUUUUAUCUUAUAGGUGAUAGACGUGUAUUUGGUUCUUCUGUCGAGGCUAUACAGCAACCAAAAUGUAAGUAUAAAGUGCAUAACUACCUGGAACUAAUUUUCUGAUGACUCUGCAAAUUUUUAAAAAGCAGUUCAAAAUUUUGAUGAUGUUAUUGCUUUAUGCAGUGUAAAAGCCUUUAUCUUUAACGGUUAUUCAUAAAGAAACGUAAAAAAGAGGCUUAAAAAUUGCUACUAGACAUGUUUCGUAAAUCUAUCUGGGCAAGCAAAAAUUAAUAAUAAAGGAAAUUUUCACAGACAAAGAUUUUGGUCAUUGGCUCCUGCAUCAUGUCCGAAAUUUGCAAUGGACUGUGCUACAAGCAAAAGCUAAGGAAGGUAAGAAUUCAAACAAUCUUUUGGUAGUACCAAAAUUAAAAAUGGCUUUGAAAAAAGCAAACAUUUUAGUAAACUAACUUCAGAGUACACUCUUCAGAGUAUAAAACGUCAGAACAUAGAUCGAAAACUUUACGCUAGGAAAUAAAAAUACCCAGUUGUGGACUGAAAUAGGCCAAUCAGAAACACGAAUUGCUUAAAUGAAAAUGAGAUUAGUUUACUCUGGAUCAUAAAAAAAGAUUUCCUUUGUUUGAUUACAUUCACUACAUCGUGUGAAUUUAAGUAGAAAAAUAUGACAAAUACUCUCAGCCUUGACGACGAAAGCUCAGCUUGUCAGAGAAAAUUUAGGCCCCUCUUCAGCAAAAUAAUAGAUGAAUAAUAAAAUACAUCAAUGAGUUUCGAAUAUUUUUGUUGCUUUUCGGAAAUACACUCACAGAUUUUUUCUUAAAGGUAAAAAUUGAGGAUUACGACUUUGUGGUUGGUGGAAAUAACGUGAAUUCAUGUCAUUGGACUCUAGUUGUAAGUCGUCUGAAAAAAUUCGCAGUUUCGUCUUCCUGAAUUUUUACAUGCAAGUCGUCUUGUUCAUCUAACUUCCACGACAAAGCGGUUUAAUCACUAAUCUCUAUAAUCUCUAUUCUGUUUGCAGAUGGUGAAGCCCAAAGAAGGAGCAUUAAUGUUCCUUAAUUCAUUUGGUGAGCUUCAAAGUCAGGUGGCAACACUCAUGAAGAACUGGAAGUAUGGAGAAUAUACCCAUAUAUUAUUUAUUUGACUGUAUAGCUUAUUUUUAAAUUGCUGCAUAAUGAAUUUGAUAAGGCUCUUUCUAUGCCUAAAUGACUAUAUUUCUACUGUAAUUAUUUGUUUAGAUAAUUCUGGCGAAACAGGGUGGCAUAUCUCAACGCACUGACAAUUGCGUGGAGAUACGUAGCGCUAUCGCAUCCAAAACAAACUGAUGGAUUUAACUGCGGUGUCUACACAAUGAAGGUAUGCUUUGUGUUUGUAUCAAAAAGUAUUAAGGAUAAAGAAGAAGUAUAGCAAAUUUGAAUGGUACCUGUUAGUCUAGGCGAGUUUAGCUCAAUAAAUUUUCACUUAAUUUUAGAAGACUGUAUGUUUUUUGUCUGUCUGAAAAAAUUAAUUUUCUGUUUGUGGUACUCAUUCAUGGAAAAAUAAAUUUAUCUGUAUUGCUAUCAGUUUGCAGAACAGAUAAUUGCUAAAGGACACGCAAACAUUGCAAACAAAACUGCGGACAUGGAAAGAUACCUUAAAGAAAUCGCAGAAUUACUUGUUGCAUCGUCAGGUGAGAUAUUUCUCACUUAAUUGCAAAAAUAUAUGAAAGUGAAAACGUUGAAGAUUUUUUUCAUACAGUUAUUCUACAUCAGCAAAUGUUUGAACAUGUGCAUAAUACUUUGUAUAGAUUUGUAAUUGUUGCUUUUGUUUGAAAAUUUUCAUUUUCAUUUAAAACUGUAGCCCUUUCAGACCAGCGGACUGCUUUUCAAAUGGAUCUUCAUGUAAAGAAUUUUCACAACCCUUUUUUUCAUACUGCAGAUGGCAGAGAAAAUGGAUGGUGCAGCGUUUGCUCUUUUUAUGAAGGUGAUGAUGUUACAGUAAGUACUUGACUGGGCAAUUUUCUGUAAUUUUUUUUAGACUUCAAGGCUAUCAAUUCAACAAAAGAAUUAUAUAAUACAGUUAAAUAAGGGAAUUUUCUACAUCUGUACUUACCCGACGAUACAAUAACGGGAAAAAGUCUAUUUUUGAUCGCCUAUCUAUUUUGACCACCAAAAGUUAACUACAAAUAUUCAUUCGUCACAUAAUAGAUUUUUGUAAAAAUCAGAAAACAAAUUUGAACGAGAAACUUGCAUUUUUUUCUAGCUACAAUGUAUGUCAUGCCCAAGAUGGAUCCAUGCUAAGUGCAAAGGAGAGACGAAACUCCAAGACAACGAAGAUUUCGAGUGCGCUGUUUGAAUUUCGGAGCUCGUGCAUGCAGUAGCAAAAGCAAUCGAAAAUCCGAGUCCUCCAGGAUCUCCACAACAAGUCCUAGCAACACCAAAAGCUUCAAAAAUUAAAAUCAAAUAUAGAUAUUUGAUGAUGAAGGUUGGCAAAAAAACAGGAGCCAAAAGGUGUGAAGCAUGCAGGGCCCCCUUCAAGGAAAAGCAGCAAGCAAUGCAAAGAUUUCUGAUCGGACACUACAGCUCCAAACCAUUCUAUCUCAAGCGCGAUGGUAAAUGGCACCAAGGUGCACGAAAUUAUUUUUAUUGUGUCAAACAAAGUUGCUUACACUCGAUCGAUAUUUCGGUGACAGGAUCCGAGAUCGAUCUUUCCAGUGUGAAAGAUGAACUUCUGCCAUCAGAUAUUCAACAGUUUUCACGUGAUGGAGUUUUAAUUAAAAUCUGAAUUUACUUUUUAAUUUUUCACAUUACCUGCUGAUGUUUUAUAAAUCACAUAUUUAUUACCUUUUGAAUCGAGUUUUUCUAGAUUUUCUUCACUAUCCUUUUAUUAUGACCUGGGUUCAUGCGUCAAAUUGCAUUUAUGUCUGCAACUAAGCUUUUUCGUAAACAAACUAGUUUUUUUUGGUUUAGUGCAGUUCAAAGAGAAAGGCCCAAUUCCACCAUUCGUUUUGGCUGCCUCUUCUUUAAGUGAUUGGGUACCUUUUUGCAUAACCAAAAUUGCCAUGCGUUUGUGUACCCGGACCGAAAUGCAUGCUAAAUUCUACCAUUCGUUUUGGUUACCUCUUCUUUAAGUGCUUUGGGUACCUUUUUGCAUAACCAAAAUUGCCAUGCGUUUGUGUACCCGGACCGAAAUGCAUGCUAAAUUCUACCAUUCAUUUUGGUUACCUCUUCUUUAAGUGCUUUGGAUACCUUUUUGCAUAACCAAAAUUGCCAUGCGUUUGUGUACCCGGACCGAAAUGCAUGCUAAAUUCUACCAUUCGUUUUGGUUACCUCUUCUUUAAGUGCUUGGGUAUCUUUUUGCAUAACCAAAAUUGCCAUGCGUUUGUGUACCCCGACCGAAAUGCAUGCUAAAUUCUACCAUUCGUUUUGGUUACCUAUUGUUUAAGUGCUUGGGUACCUUUUUGCAUAACCAAAAUUGCCAUGCGUUUGUGUACCCGGACCGAAAUGCAUGUUAAAUUCUACCAUUCGUUUUGGUUACCUCUUCUUUAAGUGCUUGGGUACAUUUUUGCAUAACCAAAAUUGCCAUGCGUUUGUGUACCCGGAUCAAAAUGCAUGUUAAAUUCUACCAUUCGUUUUGGUUACCUCUUCUUUAAGUGCUUGGGUACAUUUUUGCAUAACCAAAAUUGCCAUGCGUUUGUGUACCCGGACCGAAAUGCAUGCUAAAUUCUACCAUUCGUUUUGGUUACCUAUUGUUUAAGUGCUUGGGUACCUUUUUGCAUAACCAAAAUUGCCAUGCGUUUGUGUACCCAGACCGAAAUGCAUAAGGUUACCGAAACGCAUAUGACACCGGCAAGGUGCAUUUUACCAACUUGCAGUAACAUACCCGAUAAGAAUCGAUGUAUUGCACUUCAUCCAGUGCUGUUUAACAACGUUGAUCGCCCUGAGGCUAAAAGAAGACGCAAGAGAUGGAUCGACUUCAUCAACUCGAAACGGGCUGAUCAGUGGACAGCAUCUUAACAUUCGGUCAUCUGCUCUGCACACUUCACCCUAGACAGUUUCACUAGGAAAAUUUUGCUCCCAGGGACAAGCCCACGGCUUAUUACUGAUGAAGUUGGGGUAGUACCGUAUCCUACCAUAUUAGAGUCAAACAACACGGCGAAAGACAGAGAUGGAAUGAUGACGGACGGAACGCGAAGAAAGGUAGGGGUUAUAGAAACCACGAUAUUUUCUCCAAUGUUAGAUUUACCAGGGUAGUCGUCUGAUGAAAUAUAUUCGAAUUUAUUUAAUAUUUACAUCAAUGCUGGCCAAAUAAGAUCAUUAAUCUAUUUGCGGUGUGUUUCUUUUCAUGGUUAGAUUUACAACAACAUUUCGGCCUACAGGCCUAAAUAAAAAUUAGCUACCCGCAUUUAGAAGUUAGGCACUGUUUUGUGUCGUAUUUGUAGCAGAUUUUGAACGAGAGCAAUAAGGUAUUAUUUGUUUAUAUUGUUCUAGGGUCUAGAACAAUCCCAUUGGGCAAAGCCAAAGGGAAUUCUACCACGGAUUCAACCAUAGGCCUACAAUGCCUGCCAAAAGUCCUUGGAACACCCUGAGAUUUCUGUGAAUUCGCGUGUUCCUUUCUAUUUCCAUGUCAACAAGGAGGGUGUUGCUCCCUUUCCCCCGCAUAUAAUGUUGAUUCGCUAGCUGAAAACCAUAGCUAUGUAAAAAUGUAUCACUUGUACAUGUAGGAUUAUUCAUAUUUCCGUGGCACAACAUUGUACAAGGGGGGAGGGGAUGUUGCAGCUCGUGCACAACCUAAAUUGUCGCAAGUGUUCCAAGACUUGUGGCAGGCAAGACUUUGUCUGAUUUUUAUACAUCAAACUGAAAGACAUAAACCCGCAACUUUGUCAGAACAUAGGGUAAUCGAGGGCGCUGAUUUCAUUGCCGAUGACGAAACAACUGUUUUUUAACACCUUAUUGUGAUAAUGGUAGGGGGUUGCAUUUUCUCUAUUUCAAGUGGGGUUCCAUUAUCUUUAUGUUAUAAUUUGUAUUUGUUUACGGUUUCUUAUGGCAUCUAUUAAAGCGAUUCAACAGGAGAUGAAACUCUCUCGCAACACAUAUAAACAAUAAGUAAACAGGCUACACCUUCUCUUUGUUUAUUUCUUCCAAUCGACACAUCCCUACGUAAAGGGCCAAGACCGUCAUUUACGUCAAAUACUUCACAGUUAGCUUCCAUUGAUUUUUCAGUAACAAAUGGAUUAGAAAACAAAAAAGAGUGACGUGCAUUCAUAAGCAAUUGUGUUGAAAUGAAAUGUAUAUAAAUUCAAGUCCAUGCGAAUUGCAACCUUAGCAAGAAUCGAGAAGAAGCAAUGGUGUUCAGUGGCAAAAUCAACUCAAAAACGAGAGCCUAUGCAUAUUAUUUGCGAGUUGAGGGCUCUUUAUCAUAUCGAGAAAUUUCGAAAAAAUGUCAUAUAUCGCCGUCAAGUGUUGUUUGCAUAUGCAAGGAAGCUUUGGCCAUAAAAAAGCAAAAAAAGAUAACAGGCCGACCACCAAUUAUGAGCAGAAGAGAAAAGCAGCGAUUCAUAAGGACAUUCCAGCAGCUAAGGAAUGAAAAUGCCAACGUAACUGUACAUGAUGUUGCAAAAGAAUGCAGUGUAACCAAAGUCAGUUACAGAACCCUGGUGCGAUUAAUGAACGAAAAUGGAUAUAGAUGCUUACGACCACGACAAAAAGGUUUGCUGUCAGAAAAAGACAGAAGGAGGAGGCAAUGUUAUGCCAGGCAAGCAAUUCAAAAAUAUGAUCGGAAAUUCUGGACAGACGACUUCCUUCUCUAUUUGGAUGGUGUUUCUUUCGUUUACAAACGUAACCCCUAUAGAGACGCUUUAACACCAAGAGGGAGAAUUUGGAGAAGAUCCAAUGAAGGUCUCAAGCACACCACAAAGGGGUCCAAAAGCUUACCUGAAGGGCGGAGACUCCAUCUUCUAGUUGGUGUUGGGUUCACAAACAGCGUUGUCAUUGCAGAAGAAUAUCAAAAAUUCAAUGCAGAAUGAUUUGCAAGAUUUGUUCACAAAACUUUACAUCCUACACUAAUUGAGUGUGCCAUAUCAAAGGAGAAAGAGAAGCUAAUUUUUUUAAUGGACAAUGAUCCAAGUCAGAGGAGCAAACUCGCUACCGAUGCGUUACACGAUGUAGGGGCAGAGCUCAUAGAAAUACCCCCAAGAUCACCCGAUUUGAAUUUGAUUGAAAAUAUUUUCAAUAAUGUUAAAUCUCAGUUGGUAAAAGAAGCAUUAUAUUUGAAGAUCGAAAAAGAGAGUUUCGAAGAAUUCCGUGUUAGGGCUUUGCAGACACUUUUCAAUUUCGAUUCCUCCAUCAUCGAUCGUACGGUAGCAACGAUGCAUGAUCGUCUUAAAAUUAUAGCCAAAAAUGGUAUCGAACCAAGUAUUGACUGCUGUAACACUGACUAGUAAUUAAAGAAACAUGUAGAUUAAAGAUUAAAGAAACAACGUAAAUUGUAGCAAGUGUUCCAAGACUUUUGGCAGGCAUUGUAGAUAACCUCGCUGCAAUCGACGAACAGCCAAAUGUUGCUGGUCAUUCAAUGGAAGACGAAAACUACAUCGAUAAUGAAUCAUAUAAUCCAGAGGUAUUGAAGAAAACAAUUAUUCAGAUUUCUAACGUUAAAUUUGUUUUUAAUUAGUAGAUUUUCAUGAUUUUGCACAUUUGAAAACACGUCCCUCCUGUAACUCUUGCACCUAAUUAUUUUCUAGGUACAACAACAUCAAAAGGUAAGGGUACUGUUAUCAAAACAAAGACUGAAAAAUCAAAAAUUGACAAGUUAGUUCAAACAAAUGUACUAUGUAUGUAUAGAAAUCAAUGACGUCAGAGAAGGGUGGGUGUGGCAUCACCGUGUCAGAAAUUUUUAUAUAUUGAGCAAGAAAAAAUUCAAAUUUUAUCAUAGUAAGGUUUUAUAAAGGAUAAGAAAAGAACUGACACGUUUUUAAGUCACACAUUCUUUCGGAGAAAUAAACGUUAUUGAAUGCUAUAAAAGAAGUAGCCUUCAAGAACCCAGUUUAGCCAUAAUCAGCCAGGAAAAAUAUUUUUUUUCAAAUUUGUAAAUAAAUUUUUGUUAACAUUCCAUAAUUACCAGGGUAAAUAAAAUAGGAAAAAUGCGGGGGGGGGGGUCUGGGAGGAAGCCUAAGAAGCAUGGGCGGAUUUAAAUGGCAAGAAGUGGGUUGUUAGAUUAUGAUUGGAUUUGUGUCACAACCUUAAGGUGACUAAAAAAUGAUGGACACGUCCACUUUCAAAUUCAGUUUUUAUCUUUGAAGAAACUUUAAAAAAUAGGUGGGCAUUUUUGCUAAACAAACUUGAAACAGGAAACUGCACCAGUCAAACCCUUCAAUAGGGAGGGAGGUCUAGGGAUAGAGGGAAGACUGAAAGAAAAUCCAGUUUUGGUGUUAUGGUAAGAAUAAUUUUAUCACAAAAUUUUUUACUACAAUGUAGGUUUUUGUUUUUCCUAAUUAUUUCCCGAAUGUGCAAUUGAUUCUGUUUGAUCCAGAAGUUUUUGCAUUCUAAAUGGCUUCUAAAUGGCUUAAAUCCUUCUACAAAGCUUUUCAGUUAAUUUGGCCCUUUAAAUUUCAAGGCUUCUGUUUCACUUUUCUCUCUGUGACAAAAGCUGUGGAAAAAAUGUCCAAAGUCCAGGUAUACCAACUCCCUCUCUCCUGAAAAGAUCUGAACAGGGCUUUGCCCCUCCACUAAAGUGCUACCAUUAUAGCCUUAAUUGAGGUAGCAACCUUGCAAAGAAGAGUGCAAACAUAAUAUCAUAAAAUUGCACAAAGAGCACUGAAAAGCCUAUUUUGGAAGUGAUGCCUAUUUCAUACUAAGGAUGGAUCAUCACUUGAAUCCAGCCAUUUUUAUUGUGGUGAAACAUUGAUUUCAGGGAAAGUAAGGAAAACAAAGAGGUCACCUAAAAAGAGUGAUUCUACAAAAAUUAUGUCCGGUGAUCUUCCAAAUGAAGCUGAUAGUUCUGAGGAAAGUGAUAAUGAAUCAUUGGAGGAGCAUGAUUUUGAUUGUUAGGAUGAGGAAAUGUCAACUUAUGAACCAUCUGAUCCUUCAGACACAGAAAGCGAUGUAGAAAGUGACACAGAAGAGGCUUCUAGGUUCUUAGCUACAGAUGGAAACCUCCGGACAGAACCAAAAUUCAUCUCAUUUUUGGUUCAAAUCUUGUUGCUCUUCAAGUUCUGUCAUUUCUGCAAGAGUGACAACCCUAACAUUAAAGCAACUAAAUGUGGAACAAUGCUGAUUGUUAGGAGCCACUGUAUUAACCCAGCAUGUCUGAAAGAAUAUCUUUGGAGAAGUCAACCGAAAAUGACUGGAACUAACAUACCUGCCAGCAACUUCCUGCUCUGUAUGUCAACAUUGUUAGCUUGGGGGCUCAAUCUCAAAGUCAGACAGAUUUUCAAUCACAUGAAUCUUUGCACAAUCUCGUUCACAACUUUCUUCAAACACCAAAGGGUAAAAAUGUCAAAAUAUUAAUCAAAUUUGCUAUUUGAAGCUAAUUCUGUUGAAUCUAAAAUGAGUUAAUUUCCCUACUUGGAAAUUGAUUUUGUUAUAUUUUGAACCAAAAAAACUGGUUAAGUAGUAGUCUCUCUUUAUUUUAUGACUAAAAACGUCAUCCUUGUAGAAAUGUGCUACAGUAUAGGGUUCAUUUUUAACUAUAAGUUUCACGCAAAAUGUUAAGUGGAUCACACAAAAUUACAAAGAGGGCACAUAGGUAGUAGUGCAGCGGGUGAUACAAUGCACCGUGCAAAUUGUGAUAAAAGCAUGAAAUUUGGCAGACAUAGACACUCUCACGCUGAAAAAGAUGAGAGUUGGACCCAUCCGGAAAAUUGCCUCCAUCCCCUUUUUUUAGAUGGGGGUUCUCGUGCCCAGUCCCCUUAGAAGAUUCAACGUUUAUCUAUCGUCCAGAAACACAUAGCAACAGAAAAUCUGGUAGGUACAGAUAAUUUCAUGUGCAGAAAACGAUUAAAAUUUGAAAAAUUCUCAAACAUGCCCCCUGUUCUAUUUUUAGAAAGGGGUACUAAUGCCCAGUCCCCAUUCA